AAGGCCAUGGUCGCCUCGUGGAUGCUCCAAUUCCUGUCCCGGACGGUGAUCCUGGCACACUUUUUCCUUCCCCAGGCACGGCUGGCCGGCGUCUUCGAGCUGCAGAUCCACUCUUUCGGGCCUGGACCCGGCCCGGGGAUCCCACGGUCCCCCUGCAGCGCCGGGGGCCCCUGCCGCCUGUUCUUCAGGGUCUGCCUGAAGCCAGGGGUCUCCGAGGAGGCCGCUGAGUCUCGGUGUGCCCUGGGCGCAGCGCUGAGUGCGCGCGGACCGGUCUACACCGAGCAGUCCGAGGCGCCCGACCUGCCGCUGCCAGAUGGCCUCAUGCGCGUGCCUUUCCGGGACGCCUGGCCGGGCACCUUCUCUUUCAUCAUUGAAGCCUGGAGAGAGGAGUUAGGAGAGCAGAUUGGAGGGCCCGCCUGGAGCUUGCUAGCACGUGUGGCCAGCCGGCGCCGCCUGCCGGCCGGGGACCCGUGGGCCCGGGACAUACAGCGCGCCGGCGCCUGGGAGUUGCGCUUCUCGUACCGCGCGCGCUGUGAGCCGCCCGCCGUCGGGGCCGCGUGCGCACGCCUCUGCCGCUCGCGCAGCGCCCCCUCGCGGUGCGGCCCCGGACUGCGCCCCUGCACCCCGGUGGAAGACGAGUGCGAGGCGCCGCCGGCAUGUCGAGCUGGCUGCAGCCCAGAGCACGGCUUCUGUGAGCAGCCUGAUGAAUGUCGAUGCCUGGAGGGCUGGACUGGGUCCUUCUGCACGGUCCCUGUCUCCACCAGCAGCUGUCUCAGCUCCAGGGGCCCAUCCUCUGCCGCCACUGGAUGCCUCAUACCGGGUCCUGGGCCCUGUGAUGGGAAUCCCUGUGCCAAUGGGGGCAGCUGUAGUGAGACACUGGGGUCCUUCGAAUGUACCUGUCCCCGUGGGUUCUACGGGUUGCGAUGUGAGGUGAGCGGGGUGACAUGUGCGGAUGGACCUUGCUUCAAUGGUGGCUUGUGUGUGGGAGGUGCAGACCCCGACUCUGCCUACAUCUGCCACUGCCCGCCCGGUUUCCAAGGCUCCAAUUGUGAGAAGAGGGUGGACCGGUGCAGCCUGCAGCCAUGCCGGAAUGGCGGGCUCUGCCUGGACCUGGGCCACGCGUUGCGCUGCCGCUGCCGCGCAGGCUUCGCGGGGCCGCGCUGCGAGCAUGACUUGGACGACUGCGCCAGCCGCGCCUGCGCCAACGGCGGCACGUGCCUGGAGGGUGGCGGCGCGCGCCGCUGUUCCUGUGCGCUGGGCUUCGGCGGCCGCGACUGCCGCGAGCGCGCCGACCCGUGCGCCGCGCGGCCCUGCGCCCACGGCGGCCGCUGCUACGCCCACUUCUCCGGCCUCGUCUGCGCCUGCGCACCCGGCUACAUGGGCACGCGUUGCGAGUUCCCGGUCCAUCCCGACGGCGCCGACGACGGUGCAGGCGAAGUGCCCGCGGCCCUGCCUGGCCUGAGGCAGGGCGACCCACAGCGCUUUCUUUUGCCGCCGGCUUUGGGACUGCUGGUGGCCGGGGGCUUGGCUGGCGCUGCGCUCUUGCUGGUCCACGUGCGACGCCGUGGGCCCGGCCGGGAUACUGGGUCUCGCUUGCUGGCUGGGACCCCGGAGCCAUCUGUCCACGCGCUCCCUGAUGCACUCAACAACAUGAGGACGCCGGAGAGUUCCGGCGAUGGCCCAGGCUCAUCCGCAGAUUGGAGUCAUCCUGAAGAUGGAGACUCUCGCGAGAUUUACGUCAUAUCUGCUCCUGCGGUCUAUGCUCGGGAGGCCUGACCUGCCCCAUCUUCAUCGGCGCCUGGAGAUAGAGCCUGGAUACUUUUAUAUUUACCUGGUGGUGCCAAUCUCUGCGUCAGACUUUGGAGUUCAAGCUGGAAGGGGUGGCUGGGAGAGUUUUACCACUGGAAGUUGUACAUAAUGGUUAUUUAUAUCCUAUAUUUUUUUUUCUCUCCCCAUCUCUCCAGAGACAUCUAUAAAGGCCCUGAUUUUGGUCA